AUGUCGUUUUUCUCCUCAUUCACGGCCAAUUCCAACCUCGCCACCGCCAAGGCCAUCCUCUCCACGGCCGCCUCGGUGGCCGCCACGGCAAUGGUGAUCCGCUCGGUGGCCAACGAGCUCCUCCCGCAGGAGCUCCUGUCGUACGUCACCGGCGGACUCCGCAGAGCGCUAUCGCGGUACUCGUCGGAAAUAACGAUGGUCAUCGAGGAGUUCGACGGCCUCGCGAGCAACCAAAUCUACGAGGCGGCUGAGACCUACCUGGGCACUAAAAUCUCCCCCACCACGCAGAGACUCAAGGUCACCAAAACCGAAACCGACGACACCUUCGCCCUCACAAUGGAGGGCAACGAGAUCGUCACCGACGUGUUUAACGGCGUCAAGUUUAACUGGCUCCUCGUUUGCCGUCAAGUGGAGACCCGACACUUUCACAACCCGCGCGACCUGAACUCCACUUUGAAAUCGGAGGUUCGGUCCUUGGAACUCACCUUCCACAAGAAGCACAAGCACACGGUCCUCAACGCCUACCUUCCCUUCAUUCUGAGGGAGGCCAAGUCCUUGAAGCAGGAGACCAAGGCCGUGAAGAUCUUCACUGUGGAUUACAAUAACAUGUAUGGGAACCCCAACGACACCUGGUCGGGGAUCAAACUGGACCACCCCGCCACGUUUGACACGCUGGCGCUGGAGCGUGACGUGAAGGAGUUUGUUAUAAGGGAUUUGGAGAGGUUUGUGGCGAGAAAGGAGUAUUAUAGACAAGUUGGGAAGGCGUGGAAGAGAGGCUACUUGCUCUAUGGACCUCCCGGUACAGGGAAAUCCAGUUUGAUUGCUGCCAUGGCUAAUUACUUGCGGUUUGAUAUCUAUGACUUGGAGCUCACCGAGUUGCAAUGCAAUUCCGAACUCAGGAGGCUGCUCAUUGCCAUGGCUAAUAGGUCCAUUCUUGUUGUUGAGGACAUUGAUUGCACUAUUGAGUUUCACGACCGCAGAACGGAGUCCAGAGCCUCCUCUCCUGGAAAAAAAGACAGACAGGUUACCCUGUCGGGGUUGCUGAAUUUCAUUGACGGAUUAUGGUCAAGUUGUGGGGAUGAGAGGAUUAUAGUGUUCACAACAAACCACAAGGACAAGCUUGACCCAGCGUUACUCCGCCCUGGUCGCAUGGAUGUUCAUAUUCACAUGUCCUAUUGCACUCCCUGUGGUUUUAGACAGCUAGCUUUCAAUUACCUGGGAAUCAAAGAACAUUCUCUCUUUCCACAGAUUGAGGAAGAAAUUCAGAAAACCCAGGUGACUCCAGCUGAAGUGGCAGAACAGCUUCUGAAGAGCAGCGACAUUGAAACUUGUCUAAAGCGGCUUAUAGAUUUCCUAAUAAAGAAGAAAGAAACACAGGAACUGGAGGUUAAAAGGAAGGAACAGGAGGCCAAAGAUAAAGAGGAGCUUGUUGCUGGUGGUAAAGGAGAAGAGGGUGAUGAUGACGAAAAGAAAAGUACAACCGAGUUAAACAACAACACCUGCUGA